CCAUUACUUUAUCAACCCGAUCUCGCUCUCUCUCCAUUGACGGUCUCAGGGCUAAACCCGAUCUCUCGCCACCAACACCCUUGGCGUAGCCGGGACUCACGGGCGGUUCUUGGAGAGAGCAAGGCGGGGCGUGGCGGAUCCCGUUGGGCGAUUGAGUUCCCUCUGGGUUCAGUUACAGAGACGAUGUAUUAAAGGUGAAAUGUGCCUUUGAAGGGUUCAUAAACACUUGAAGAUUCACAAUGGGAGGAGAAAGGGGUGGUUCGAAGACUGGUGGAUUCUUUCACCUCUUCGAUUGGAACCGGAAGUCAAGGAAGAAAUUGUUCUCCAAUUCACCUGAGGCCACGAAGCAAGGAAAGAGAAGCAACGAUACUUUGCCGGCAACGCAGCUCCAUUUGCUUGAUGAGGAUGAGAUACUUGGAAUAGCAAGUGUCAAAGGAAGUAGUGACUACAGUUGCGCUUCAUCAGUGACUGAUGAAGAGGGCAAUGGGACAAGAGCCCCAGGAGUCGUAGCCAGGCUUAUGGGUCUCGAUUCGAUGCCAACAGUGGGUGUCUCAGAGCCUUACUCCACUCCUUUCUUCGACACACGAUCUCUUCGUGACAGCCAUGGCCAAAGAAGUCCUGAUUUCUACACAAAUGAAAGAUGCCACCAUGUUCCCCAUAGAGCUGAGGGAUGUUUCAGGAAGACUAUGGAAACAAGGUCUCAGAAGAUGCCAAGCAGCCCAAUAGAAAGGUUCCAAAGGGAGAUAAUACCUCCAAGGUCAGCAAAGCCUCUACCACUAAGCCACCACAAGUUGUUGUCACCAAUCAAAAACCCAGGUUUCAGCUCAGCUAAAAGUGCAACACAAAUUAUGGAAGCAGCUGCAAAGAUUAUUCAGCCAGGGCUUCAAGUUCAUCCCAAUACAAAGGGAAAAAUAGGGUCACCUUCAGUACCUAUAAGAGUUCGUGAUCCAAAGGAUAGCAUGGCAGCUCCAGAGAGGACAUCGCGGUUGUUACAAUUAUCCAGAACACCCAUUGACUUGACUAAUGUAGAGUUCUCUAGGGAACAGCCCUUGAACAGGAACUGGAAUAGGACAGAAGAGAUUGUGGUAGUCAGGUCCUCUCCAGAUCCUUAUGAAAUCAAUGUAGCUGGAGCAAGAGCUAAGGGUAAAUCCAUUUCUUUAGCGAUCCAAGCUAAAGUUAAUGUUCAGAGAAGGGAAGGCUUAGGUCCAUCAACUAGGAGUACAGCAGUUCAGAAAGAGCAAGAAGAAUAUAAAGCAAACCAACCAUUCAGGAGCCAAGCAAACAAUCAAAAGAAUAGGCCAUUGAAGAAGUCCUCCCCGGCCAGUGUUUCUGGUGUCCUCAGACAAAACAAUCAGAAACAGAAUUGCCUAUCAAGUAAAGGCAAAUUGGGUUCAAAGCAGUCGAUUUCUCAUCAGCAAGGAAGGAAAGUUCUAUCUGGGGAUGCCUCCUCUGGAAAGAAUAGGAAUGUAAACAAGAUUUCAGGAAACUCCAGAGUUGGAUCCAGGAAACAAGUUCUAGAAAUCACAGGCCUUGAUACGGAAGGGUCAUCAUCCAGUAACAAGGACUUCCCGCAAAAGAAAAGGUUAAUAGAAGGGAGCUUCAACCUUGAGAAGAGUUCACAAAUAGAUAACGGGCUUAUGAACAGACAUGAAACACAUGUUAAACCUGAUAUUGUAGUAGAUGAGCAUACGAGGCGUUCUGAGGAUAACAGAAAUGCAACAGAUAUCAUAUCCUUUACAUUCACAUCCCCGUUGGUAAAAACAUUUGGUGGAUCUCAAUCUAGCAAUUUGAUGGUGGAUAAAUGGGAUAAAAAGAAUGGAGGCUGCUUUGAAAAGAAUUUUUCGGAUGUAAAUAGAAAAAGUCUACCAUCUCCAGGGUUGAAUGUUUUAAGUGGUGAUGCGUUGAGCCAUCUUUUAGAACAGAAACUACGGGAACUGACAUCUGGGAUCGAACCAUCCCAUAACUUCAUAAAAGCAGCAAAGUUUGCAGCUCCUGUUCCUAUUCCACAGGAUUCAAAAUCUGGUUCCGAUUGCUUGAGCUCUGUGACAGCAGACCAUGAGGACUUCCCAGUAAGGCCACCCAAAGAUAGUCUUGGCAAUUUAUAUGACACUAGCAUUUUGUCGACAAAUGAUCAGGUGACUGGAAUCAAGAAUAAGAUGCAGGUAGCAGAAAGGAUUGAACACAGCAGCAGCAGUAGCAGCAGGAGCAGUGAUGCCCGCAAGGAGGUGACCAACUACCAUCAUCACAGUCCACUUUCCAUAUUUGAAGCAUCCUUCUCAAGUGAAAGUUGGCAGUUAUCUGAGAGCUCAGGAAGUACAGAUGGAAGCAAUCUGUGUCCAUCUUCUGUCAAUGCUCAGAAUAUUGUUGACUUCAAUUCUUCAAGGAAAUUAGCUGAAACAGAGCCCGAAUUAUCUGAUUCCGCUUCUUCCUUAUCUAAGGAUCCAGUGGAGCGGUCACAAUUCAGUAGUGCAGACAAUAAGAAAGCAGACGAACAGGAAUUAGCAUAUGUGAAGGAGAUAUUGUGCAACAACGGAUUAACAUACAAAAAUUUGGGCUCAUAUUAUUUAACUCGUGUUGGUGAGACAUUUGAUCCUAUUCUUCUGAAUGACCUUGAAGGCAGCAGAAGUAAGAAUGCACAAGGAGAGGUGAUAAAUGACAAGGCAAGGAGCAAGUUAUUGUAUGACUGUGUUCAAGAAUGUAUGGACUUGAAACAUAACCAGUACUUUAAAUCAGGAUAUCAAGCAUGGGCCAAAGGAACAACGAUCACUAGAAAGGAUUUGGCCGAAGACAUUUAUGAUGAGAUUUUAAGAUGGAAGAACAUGGGAAACUGCAUGGUAGAUGAGCUUGUGUUCAAUGACAUGGGCACUCACUUGGGAAGGUGGGUAGAUUUUGAGAUUGAGGCAUUUGAAACUGGCAAACAGAUUCAAGGACAGAUACUGAGCUCCUUGAUUGAUGAAGUUCUAGCUGAUUUCCGCAUAAAGUAGAGCAUCAUUUCUACCUUACCUUACUGCCUAAGUUAGCUGAUUCAGUCCACUUAGCUUUGUCUACUAGGAUGGAUGUCAACAGAAUGUACUGCUCAAACAUGAUUCGUAGCUGAUGUAUCCAUUAAUUUGAUUCAACUAGAUGGAAAGUAUAACUAGUCUCCUGUUGUCUUUAA